AUGUCCAGACUAUCAUUGCUUGCCGGGCUCCUGUCCCUGACCCAUAUCAUUCAUGCCAUCAAUAUCACUGAGCAGGCCAUCAACCAGAAGAGAACUCUUUCUCUAGGCGUUAUUGUGUUCCCAGGCUGGGAGCCGUUGGAUGUCUUUGGCCCGAUGGAGAUAUUCUUCUCUCUGUCAUACCCUUACAAGAUCAGGCUUUCGGUCAUCUCCAAAACAGCUGGGCCCGUGAGCUCCACGGUUCCUCCCUUCAGCAUCACUGGAGUCGGCCCACCCAUAGACUAUGGAUACCUGCUCAACCCUACAAUCAUGGCCAGCCACUCCUUCGAGGAUGCUCCGCCGCUGGAUGUGCUGCUCGUCCCCGGAGGAUUCGGCAAUGUCGUCUUGGAGCAGAGAAACGACACCUCGAUCGAGGGCUUUAUCCGCCGCCGGUUUGACCAGCUGGACUACCUCCUGAGCGUAUGCACGGGCGCCAUGUCCCUCGCCAAGGCGGGCGUGCUCAAUGGUCGUCGCGCUACCACAAAUAAAGGAGCGUGGGGCUCGGUCGUGCGCCACGGCGAGAACAUCACCUGGGUGCCAACCGCGCGCUGGGUGGAGGAUGGUAAGGUUUGGAGCAGUUCUGGAGUUGCUGCUGGCAUGGACAUGGCAUAUGCGUUUUUAAGCCACUUUUACGGCACCGACCGCGUGAAUAAUACGAUGAAUGGCAUUGAGUACGCCCCGCAUACGGACCCGAACUGGGAUCCGUUCUCGGUGGUGCACAAGGUAUGCUUCUCGUCUCCCUUUGAUUGUAUGAAGACUGAGAAAGAAAUCACCCCCAGGUUCCCGGCGCAAACGUAA